AUGGCGGCCUCCCAGAGCAAAUGGGGAGAUCCUCCUAAAAAGAAUAAGCCGUUGAAGACAUUGCCUGAUUGGAUGGACGCACACGAUGAAUUCGGGGAAACACAAUUCCUAGUUGUAAGUGCCAGCAAAAACAACCAGGACGAAGAAACAACAACCGACAAGAGCACAACAAUGCCGAAAAAUCCUUUUAUCUUCUCCAAAACCAUAGCCCAACUUGGUAUCAAGGUAGAUGAGGCCAAACCAAUUGAAAACGGGAAUAGAUACCUGCUGAAAGUGAGGAACCAGCAAUGCGUAAAUAAACUGCUCAACUUAAAGAAACUUAUUGAUGGAACUGAAGUCCUAGUAGAACAUCAUCAAACACUCAAUACAAGCCAAUGUGUAGUAACAUGCCAUGGUGUAGCCGAAAUGAGCGAAAAAGAACUCUUGGAAGAACUGGCCAGCCAAAACGUUGUACGAAUUUUCCGAUUUGUCAAAAAAGAAGGGAAAAAAGAAAUACCAUCCAAUACUAUGGUCCUAACCUUGAAAACUACUAGGCCGCCUACUCACGUAUAUUUCGGCGCUUUCAGGAUAGCGACACGUCCAUACUACCCUAAACCCCUUCAAUGUUUCGGUUGUGGUGCUUUCGGACACAAAAAACCGCAAUGCAAAUCCCAAGAAAUUUGCCUAAACUGUGGAGGAAAGGAAUGCGUAAGGAAUGGAUGCCAGAAUACCCCUAAAUGCAUUAACUGCCAAGGUACGCACAGCACAAUGGACCGGAAUUGCCCUAUGUUUCAGGAGGAGCUCGAAAUAUGUAAAAUCAAAACGGACCUCAAAAUACCAUACUUCCAGGCUCAACGGGAAUAUAAAACAAGAACCGCCGCAUCCUCAUUUGCCGGAAUCAGCAAGAUUCAACGUCGUCUUGAAACCCCUAAGGAAAUAACCGAAAUUGAGAAAAAAGACAAAAUAAUAGCACAACUGGAACAAAAAAUUCAAAUGCUUCAGAAGGAAAUCGAAAUGCUUGGUAGAACGGCCCUCCUGACAAGGAAAAAGUUGGGGGAAGCAAUGGAAGAAGAUCCGACAUCCGAAAUGACUGUUUCCAGUGAAGACGAAACCGAUAUCAAUUCUUUAAAAUUGAAAUUGACCCCGAAGCGUAAAAUCGAUAAAGAAUCUUCCGAUGACCAGAGCACGCCAACCUACUACUACAACAAGCAAUCUCUGAGGAAGGAGAGAAAACUAAAAAAAAUGACCAAAAAAGAACAAGCCAGUGGAAACAUGCAACCGACAUCAUCUCGACGCUCAGACAUUUAA